AAUAGGAACUUCCAAAGGCAAAGAGAAAGCUUCUGACAGUGGAAAUUCUGUUAGACAAAUUGGUAGUAAUUCUGGUGGACAAAAUGAAAGCGUAAACACUGAUAAGGAUAAAAAGAAAGUGUUGCAUCAAAUGUAUUUUUUAACUCCAAAGUUUAAAAAAAACCUGAUUUAUAAUUCACCAGCAAAUAAAUAUCAAGAGUUUACAAAUGUACAUAUAUAUAGUAUUAUGAUGAAGAUGGGAAACAAUACCUCUAAUCAUGCUAAAGCUUGUAACGAGGCAACUCAAGAAUGGAAUAAAAUCAAAACUAAAAAUGCACUAGAAAUCGACGAUAUAAUUAAAAAAUAUCUAAAUACUUCGUUUAAUCUAUAUAAUAUACAAACAGUAAAAUCAAGAUAUAUACCUGAAAAGACCUUAGAACCCUCUCUCCCUACUAUCUAUUCAGUAGAACCUGUAUCUAAAGUCUCUGCAAAUACAGCAGCUCAAAAAAAAGCAUUUAAACAUGAUACAUAUAUAAAAAUAAGCAACCUUCAGACUCAAAUUAGAGCUAAUAAAGAUAGAAUUGCCAAAUUAAAAAGAAAUGCUAAGUAUACUCAAAAUUGUAGAGAAAAAAAAAAAAUACUCAUCGAAAAUCAUGAAGUAAUAAACUAUGAUAGUUCAGGUCAUUCACCACUUCUUUUUCAAUAUUCGAACCUACAUAACUAUAUUUAUAAGUCUGUUGAAUUUGGAUCAGCUGAUGAAAAACAUAUCUAUAUGGCACGAACAAUAUUAGAUAAUUAUUUAUUAUCUCGCCAGUCUAAUUCUAUUACUACAAAAGCACAUCAUUACCUAGCAUGGAUCUUAGUUGCUGGAGUUUCAUGUACUGAUACACAUGAACACCCUAAUAGUCAUUACUGCCUUGCAUCUGUUAAAUGUGCAAAACAAUUUGCGUCUGUUUUUUCUGAUAUGUCAGUUGUCAUCUCUCAAGAUAACAAAGCAAAGAUAGCAGAUCAUGAUUUUGUGAUAGGAUUUAAACAAAAAUUAGUUCCUUCAUCUCUUGGCACAUCUUCACUUACACAUAUCCAAUAUCUUGACAAUCUUACUAUAGACUCUCAAUAUGAUAGUAUUUUGAAAACUGGUAGAGAAAUUCAGCCGAUUUGGUUUUACUACCUAACUAUACGAACACAUGCUUCUGAACAAUCUAAAUAUAAUCCUGUAGAAAGAGGCAUGACAAUACUUUCUG